AUGGAUGCCGUUCCCUGUGCUUCACCUCUUCGGAAUAUCGAUGCGUACGUAGUCCCUAUACAUGAUAUUAUUCUUCAACAUCAUCACAACUCAAACAAAAGCCCACAACGCCCAUUGUUCCAAGAAGUCUCCAACACCAACUAUGUCCUUCAUCCUUGUAUGUUCAGCUACCGUCUCGGUCUAUUGCUGAAGCUACCGAGUUGA